GGCCGCGUUGACGCUCAGAGUAAACAGAGUGGAAGUCGGAGUGCAGCUCUGACAGGUCGGGCUGAGCGAGGGGAAGCGCUGGUGGGAUCGACCCCGGCGAGACUGGACCGUCCGUAGCGUAGUGACCGCAGGACAUUGGGCCAAACAAGUGGUUAAUAAUUCGCGGGUUUGGUCGGAGCCGUUAGCUGAAGGCUAACAGUUAACUAGGCUACAGAGCGCAGCUCGCGCCUUCGCUGACCGUUAGCUUAGCUCGGCUCGGCUCGGCUCGGGAAAGCUGACCCAUCCCGCUGAAUUAUGGAUUUAAAUUGGGAUAAAGAAGAAAGCUGCGCGCCUCAGAUGGGAGCGGACUAUCUGGUUAACCAUUCCAGGAGAUAGCCAGCUCGGUUUGGGGUUAUUUUAUCCGAGUUUCCCGCAUUUUUGUGUCGAGUAUCUGCCCGCUAGGUUCGCGCUCUCGGUAGCUUUAAGCUAACGGCGGUUUGUUUUCCACCAACUUUAACUCCGCGCUACGAAGCGAUGAGCGCCAGCAGCGUCUAUGCGAGCCGCAAGCGGAGGAAACCGUCUAAGAAAAGUGUGAAGCCGCCCUCGGCCGAAGUCGCCAAAUCCAACCCCUCCAAGAGGCACCGGGACCGGCUGAAUGGAGAACUGGACCGGUUGGCGAGCCUCCUCCCUUUCCAUCAGGAUGUGAUCUCCAAACUGGAUAAACUGACCAUCCUCAGGCUGAGCGUCGGCUACCUGCGCGCCAAGGGCCACUUCAGCGCCGCCCUAAACCCCCAAAAAUCCAGCCAACCAGCAAACAGCAGUACUAAAGCGCAGAUUCUGGAGUUGUCGGAGGGGGAACUGCUGUUACAGGUCUUACAUGGGUUUGUGUUGGUGGUCACUGCUGGUGGUACGGUCUUCUACGUCUCCACGUCUGUUAAGGACUAUCUGGGGUUCCAUCAGUCUGAUAUUGUCCAUCAGAGUGUGUAUGAGCUCAUUCACACGGAUGACCGCGCCGAGUUUCGCCGACAGCUCCACUGGGCUCUCAAACCCUCAGAGUCCACGGACACCACUCAGCUAGUGAGAGGGACCCAAGAUUCACGCUUACCCCUCACGUAUUACAACCCUGAGCAGUUACCGCCAGAGAACUCGGCUUUCCUGGAGCGAAAUUUCAUCUGCAGGUUAAGAUGUCUCCUGGACAACUCGUCCGGCUUUCUGGCCAUGAACUUUCAGGGCCGUUUGAAAUUCCUGCAUGGACAGAACGGACAGACGGCGGACGGAAAACGACUUCCUUCUCAGCUGGCCCUGUUCGCUCUGGCCUGUCCACUCCAGCCACCUUCCAUUCUGGAGAUCCGUGCCAAGAACUACUUCUUCAAGACCAAACACAAGCUGGACUUCACACCCAUCGCGUGCGACGCCAUAGGGAAGAUUGUGCUGGGCUACACAGAGGAGGAGCUGUGCUACCGCGGCUCAGGCUACCAGUUCAUUCACGCGGCCGACAUGCUGUACUGCGCCGAGAACCACGUUCGCAUGAUGAAGACCGGUGAGAGUGGGCUGACCGUAUUUAGGCUGCUUACCAAAGUCAGCGGCUGGGUUUGGGUCCAGGCUAACGCCAGAAUCAUCUUCAAAGCCGGACGCCCGGAAUUCAUCAUCGCCUCCCAGAGAGUGCUCACAGAGGAAGAAGGAGAAGAGAACCUGAAGAAGCGUAGCCUUAUGCUCCCCUUCAGUUUCACCACAGGAGAAGCUGUGCUGUAUGACUUCAGCCUCCCCAAGUCCUUCAGCGGUUUCUCGGGCUCUGACUCCAGCGGCCCGGUAGACAGUCCUCAGCCCAGACCCGCUGGCGAACUGGAUCCCAACUCUCUCCUGGGCUCCAUGCUGAAGCAAGACAAGUCUAUCUAUGUGUGCGCUGCAGGCCUGAAUGAGGCGCAGGGAUGCUCUCAGGAGCCUGACGAGGAGGAGUUUGGCGGGAUCUUCUCCAGCAACUUGCAGGAGAGUGUUCUUUCGCUUGCGGAGAGCUCUCUCUUUAAACAAGACCUUGCCUUCAGCUGUGGAGGUGAGGAGAGCAGCCAGGAGCUGCUCAGCUUCAUGGGCAGUUUGGGGAUCAGCCCUGACGACCUGCAGGACGAGCUGUUCCUUAACGGCGAGUUCAAUGGCGGUUGUGUGCUCGAAGACCUUACGGAUGAAGUUCUGUCCUACGUGCAGGAGUCCCUGAGGAACAACGCAGACGUUCAGGCAAGUCUGGAGGAGAAUCAUCUCCUCGGUAGUGUUCCACAGACACAAGAUCCGUCUUUGUUCCCUUCCCAGGGUCUUUCCCAAGAGCCUUUUGCCCUCAGUCCAGCCAGUUACGCGCCACAGUUUCAGCAGCAGCCUUUCAUCAGACCUUCAGAACCAAAGAUAUAUAUGCAGUCUUAUUUAAAGCCACAGCCUAUGCAAGAGCACCAGCAGAGUCCUCAGGGGUAUCUUUAUGAGCCAUGUGCAGAACUGUUCCAGGGGCAGAAGCUCCAGCCUCCUGCCCUGCAGCCUGAACUUUCCCUGAAUCCACAACAGCACGUACCUUAUCCGGUGAACCACAGCUGUGUACAGAACCCUGAGCCAAUGUUUCAUAGCCUGAAGCACAUCCAGGGGAACAGCAGUGGCUUGGUUUCUGCUCCAAACAGUGGACCUAGUGGCUCGCAAUUACCGCCCGGGCGAUUUUAUUGGGAAACAUCCCCUCUGGGCUUGGAGCCGUGUAGAAACCAGCUGACCGCUCACUGCAGCCAGGAGUUUCCCUGCUCAUACAUUUCCACAGGGGACUCAAGAGUGGAUGAAUUCAGCGCUCAGGAUUUGGAGGACCUGCUAAACAGCCUAGAUGGAGUGGGCCAGCAGAAGCAUGGACAGUCUGGAGAGGUCCAGAGAGAAGAAUGGUGUCCGUGGAAACCUGCAGGAGAACUGUGAAGAGGCGGAGAACGGUGGGCUAAGAACAGCCGUGCGCUGACCGGUCCCUGGGAGGAAACGUGACCAUCCAGCUGCACACUGGAGAGAGCUGAGCGCGUGGAGCCUGCAGCCGGUCAGCGGUCACACCUCGAGACAGCCACUGUGGCGUUUGGGUCCGGAGCAUGAUCAGGAAUGUCGGAAGAAAUCCUAAGAAAAUCUGGGCACUUAUUGGGUUUAUUUUCAGUAAAUGAGUGUAUACGCGAAGGAAUUUAAUAGAGCGCCAUCUAGAGUGUUGGCAAAGUAUCAGCCUUUCGCUGUACGACGCACAAGGAUCUUGAUUUUUCUCAUUAAUGUGAAUUCACUUAAGGUGAGAUGGAGGGCCUGAAUAGAGGAGAGGAGAACCGGAAGAGUGAUCCAGUGGAACAGAGAACAGAGACACUGAACAGUAAGCUGGAGCGAAUGUGAACGAUUAUGUGAAAUAUUAUCCUGAUAAUCGGAUUAGCUGCUGUCGUUCGACUCAGUCGUGCCCCAGUUACAUCCACUCUCCAAAAAAACCAUGUAUACACACUUAAAAACGAUGGUUCCUCGAGGGUUCUUUAGUAAAGAAAGUGGUUCUGUAUAGGACCAUGAACACUUGCGUGUUUAAAGGUUUCUUUGCAUUGUG